UAUAUUACCCAAAAUUACUUCCCCCGCUACACACACCCACCCCUCUCUUCCUUUUUUUCGUUUCAUAUAUUAAAUAAAAUUUCGUAUACCUUAUAAAAAAAAAUCCAUACUUAUAGGACCAAAGAAGCUAAAACCCUUUUUCUAAGUCCACUCACAUUACUGCUCAAACGCCAAAACCAAAUCUUUUCUUUUGGUUUCUUGUAACGGCGAUGGACCAAUGGGGAAGAAGAAGCCUUUAUUUUCCGGCGUCUCAACCGCAGUCGGAAGAGACGCCGGAAAAUAACGCCGACCACCCACCUUGUCUGAACGGCUACCCUGAGUUAACCCCCACAAACGUUCUUCCGCUUGCAUCGGCCUUCGCCGGUAUAAGUCUUACCGGCGAUCAGACAAGAACGCCGUCGUUUGGUAUCCCUCCGCCGGCAGGGAGUUCAAUUGCUGAUUUCUUGGACCCUACAGUUGAUUACUUGAUGGGCUUUAGUUCCAAUGCUGAGUUGCAACAGGGUUUAAUCCGGGCCCACCAGAAUAAUGGGGCCCACCAGAAUCUUAAUGUGGGCCCGGAUAUUCGGGCAGACAUUCUCCGACGAAUGCAUCCAUGGUACCCACAACUGUACAGUGAUGAGUGCUGGAGAUGGAACUAUGACGUGGCAAACUACAAUGGCUUGCAUAGCAAGGAACCCAUUCCACAGUUUCCAAUUCUGCCAUGUUUAAACCAGAAUUCUAGUAUUAUCUCAAACGGUGUUUCUUAUAACUAUAACUGCACGGUUGUACCAAGUAAUUUGAAGAAUAAUCAAUCUGUUUUAUUGGGUGAUAAUGAUUUGAGAGGAAAAGUGGUUGCUUUAGCAAAAGAUCAACAAGGGAGCAAAAUACUACAGGCUAAGCUUGAGAAAGGAAAUAAGGAAGAAAUUGAAGUUGUACUUAGCGAGGUGAUUGAUUGUGUUACUGAUCUGUUAAAGAAUCAGUCUGGGAGUUACGUUAUUCAGAAGCUUUUUGUUGUUUGUAAUGAGGAACAGAGGACUACUAUUAUUCAGGCUAUAACCAGAACUAACCUCCAAUUUGUUAAUAUAUGUUUCAGCCAACAUGGGGCUCGAGCAAUGCAGAAAUUGUUGGAGAACCUUAGUACUCCGCAGCAAACGUCGUUGAUAAUAUCAGCUUUAACUCCAGUUGCUGUUGCAUUGGCCAAUGAUCAAAGUGGUCAUCAUGUGUUACAAUAUUGUGUCAAGACAUUCUCUAUUGAGUACACCAGGCAUCUUCUCAGUGAAAUUGCAAAUAACUGCUUUACAAUUGCAACCCAAAAAAGUGGGUGCUGUGUGCUGCAGUCAUGUGUAGAAUUCUCUCAUGGAGAACUCAGAGAUCGCCUUAUAACUGAGAUCUUAACAAAUGCAGUGCACCUAUCAGAAGAUCAAUACGGCAACUAUGUGGUGCAACAUCUUGUGGGACUGAAGUUACCAAGAGUUACAGAAACUUUAUUGGAAAGGCUUCAAGGAAGCUUUGUGACUCUCUCAUGCAAUAAGUAUGCGAGUAAUGUUGUUGAGAAAAUUAUCCUCGAGUCAGGAGAAGUGCACUCCACUAAAAUUAUCGCCGAGUUGCUCAGAAGCCCAAGUGCUUCAAUGCUCCUAGUGGACCCUUAUGGUAACUUUGUCAUCCAGACAGCAUUGCAAGUUUCAAAGGGCCACAUCUUCAAUGCUCUCUGUAAACUAAUCUACAUGAAUUCUGCAUCAAUGCAAAGUAACAUUUAUGGGAAGAAGAUCCUUGAUCGGUUGUGUAGCAAGAAGGAACCUCUACAUUGUACAAGAUUGUACAAGCGACAGGUAUAGUUAACUCGGGAGUAGUUGACAAUGUGCCUGACAUUUUUCUGAUGGAAUUUUCGGGUUUAGAAGCAUCUAGUAUCGUGGUUCUAUCGUAUGUUGUUUGUUUUCUAUGUACGUUAGAGAUCUGAACUUGUAGGAUCAUAAAGCUGAGUAUGCAUGCGAGCCUCUUCUUAACGUACUGUAUAUUUUUGGUUCUAUCCAUGUUGGUUGUUAUAUAAUAUAUAUAUAGGGCUUGUAAGCAUUCUUGAAUAAGUACCUUACAAUAUUCA